AUGCUCCAGUUCGGCGGGUCGCGCGUCGCGCCGCUGUCUCAUGAAAUCGUCGUCCGUGAUGCGGCCCAGUCCGAAAAACGAAAGCGACAAUACAACAUGACGAUACACUACCCGCUGUGGUUGCUGACGGUCAACGCCGGGCGGUACUGCCUGUCAAGCAUACCGUGCCACAAUUUGAUCACGCUGAAGUGGGUGGCCGCGCAGACGGUCGACGGCGAGGCGGGCUGGGAGCGUAUUUGCCUGGAGACGCGGUGCGGAACCUUGGUGGUGGGCUGGGUCUGGAUCGGCUGGCACGGCUUCGGCACCACGCACUUCUACCACUACAUCCUGCGCCGCAUCGACGAGGGCCCGGAGCACGGCGGCCCCAGCUUCCACAUCGAGGACGAGUACGACAAGGACCUGAUCACGCGGUCCCAGGUGAGGCUCGGCUACUACAUGCACCUGGCGCUGGUGCCCGAACUUACGAGACUCUUCAAUUGCAGGAACAGGGGCAAGUCCGCGGAGCACAACCUCAGCGUCGACGCGCAGCGGGCGCUCCUCGUCGGGCGCACGGCGCUCAUGUGCAGCGACGACUUCAUCAAGCACUGCCUGCUGAUCAAGGUGCUGCAGCCGCAUGCGACGAUGGCCGACACGCUCGACUACCCGCACCUGUUCGUCUGCCCCCUCGGCCGCGACGCCAAGGGCGGCCCGCAGUUCGAGGGCCUCCUCUUCUUCCUGCCCCGCGCCGUCGACGACCUCGGCUUCCACGACGGCGUCAACAUCUGCGGCCUCGUCGCCGCCGGGGCCCUCGCGAUGAAAUUCCCCUUUCCGCGCGUCAACCUCGUCGACUUCGCCGACGCGAUCCGCAACGUCAUCAAGAUGCCCGCCUACAGCGAGGCGAACUGCAAGGCCGCGGGCGUGCUCUCGGGCGUCGCGGACCUGACGGGGUCGCUCGCGAGGUACGGAGAGAGCGACCUCAAGGUCACCAGCGAGCCGGGCUCGUUCUGCGUCGAGCUCCGGGGGUUCAGGAUCGCCCAGGGCGAGUCCUCGGUCUCCCAGAUCGACCUCGACUUCCCCUCCGGGGGCGUCGACAACGAGUUCUUCAAGACGGCCGUCGACCGGCAGCUCAUCUUCGGCUACGCGGGCGGCGCCUCUCCGGACGACCGCGAGCACUGGCAGGAGCGAAAGAUCAAGGAGGUCCUGGAGCGGAUUCCGCCGACGGCGGACGCCAUGCAGCCGCUCGUCGACGGCCUCUUCGCGAACCGCGUGCGCACGCGCGACGUCAAUACGGGGGCCUCGCUCGAGGAGGACGAGGAGCCGCCGGCGAACUUCGACUACGCGCGCUACACGGACGGCGCAUUACUUCCCUGGGACAAGCGGCACGAGAACUUUGCGGAGACGGCGGAGGCGUUGCGCGUUACGUCGGACGACGCCGCGGCGCUGCCGAGCCCGAACCGCCUCGCGCCGCUCGACCCGACGCUCACGACGCCGCUGGCGACGAUCGACGUCGUCCCCGCGUCGCCGGCGCUCGAGUCGCGGCACGUCGAGGACGAGAGCGAGUCCCGCGCGCCCGAGAUGGCGAGCUCCCCCGCCGGCGGCGCGAAGCGGGGCCGCUCCAUCGGCGCCAUCGACCGCAUCAUCAACCGCGCGAACGAGGCGUUCCGCGACGACGUCGCCCGGCCUCGCGCGACGAACUCGUUCCGCGGUGCCUUCGUCAACGACUACUACGGCGACAAGAACUCGGAGCCCCACAUCUGGGAGCCGCGGCCGGAGAUGGGCUGGGUCAACGACUACUACGCGGACGCGCGGUCGCACGAGCGCCAGGACAACCGCAACAACGCGGGCCUCGUGAGCGACUACUACGGCGACCGCGCCGGCGCCGGGGAGGCCGAGGCGGCCGCGCCGCCGCAGGCCGUGCGGACGCCGCGCUACACGCGGACCUUCGACUUCGCGGACACGCUCAUGCCCGCCAAGGCCGUCGCCGCGGCGCCCGCGCCCGCGCCGGGCCGGCGGCGCGCGCCGUCGUCCUACGGCCUCCUCGGCGGGGCGGCCAUGUACGCGCCGCGGUCGUCGAGGCUAAAGGUCCACUGA